GUUAGAAUCAUGAACGUCCUCAAAGGCAUCGCGGAUGUCUUUUCAACAAGGAGCGCCCCUCGAGGCCUCACCGGCGCCCUCGGAACUCCCCUACCGUGGUUCCCAACGACAAAGGCCUUUCGUGAGACAUGCAGUCAUUUCACCGACCUUCCCAACGAUCCAGACCUCGAGAACACGCUGUGCGAGGUCCACUACAUACACCACACCCUCAGAUACUACCUACUCCCCACGACACUGCCCGACGACAACUUAGAGCUGUGCAAGAAAAUGUUGCGGAGUCUGGAGUCACGACGCGAUCUGACGUCGCUGGUACUAAAAGAGACGUCCAUCCUCGACACCAUUUUUGGUAUUUCUCAAUUCCGAAAGCCACCUCCGUAUGAACCGCCUGACCUGCAACGUCGUGUCGUAUCUCUGAAUAACCACUGGAAACUUCUUAACGCCACUCCCACGCCCUUGUCACGCGGCUACGCCACCUCUCACAGCCCGCCCCUGAUGCAAAGAGACUAUGAGCUCACCCUGACACUCGAGCAGGCCGCCGAGGCAGAGCUCCAUUACAGGUUGUGGCGGACUAAUAGGGAUAGAAAAGUGUCGUACCUCAAGGGGCACCCCCCGGAGCCGAUCAAAGCGAGGAUGGUGACGCGCGGUGAAAUCGCCUCGGACGCCGUGUGGGAGGCGCUUCCCUGGACACCAGAGGAGAUGAGCAAGGCGCCGGACGACAGGCAGAUGAAGUUUGAGCCGCUCUAUCAACCGAUAGAGAGUCAGGCUGUGCCGCUGGACUGGGUAAAUCCGGGCUCGCCCCCUGUUUUCACGACGCCGGAAGAGGAGCGGCGCUGGGGCGUGGUUAGGAGGAGGUUCAACGAGAGGAAGGAUCGGCAGGUCGAGCAUGCAAAGAAGCUAAUGGCGGAAAAGAAAGGCCAGGGUGCGGCACGGGACAAGGCGGGAUGA